AUGGAUGGUAACGAUUCGUAUAAUGAUGUUGAUGAUGAUGACGAUUCGCCUGAUGAAGAUAAUGAUGAAUUGGAUGAUGAUGAUGAUUAUGUUGACGGUAUGUGUGAUGAUGAUCAUGACUUAGAUGAUGAUCAUUAUGAUUUGGUCGAUGCUGAUUAUGAUGUUGAUGACAAUGAUGAUGAUUUGAAUGAUGAUUUGUUUGAAGAUGAUGUUGGUUUGGCUGAUGGUCAUGAUGAGGAUGACUCAAUUGAUGAGUUGGAUUAUGAUUUGGAUGAUGAUGAUGAUGAAGAUUUGGAUUUGGAUGAUGAUGAUGAUGAUGAUUAUUAUCAGGAUGAUGAUGAUGAGGAAGAUGGUGAUGAUGAUGAUUUGGAUAAUGAUGAUGAUAAUGAUAAUGAUGAUGAUAAUUUGGAUGAUGAUGAUGAUGGUGAUGACGGUGACGAUGACGAUGAUUAUAAUGAUGAUAUGGACGAAGAUGAUGAUUUGGAUGUUGAAGAUGAUUUGGACGAUGAUAAUGACUUAGAUGAUGCCAUACGUGAUCAUUUGGACGAUGAUGAUGAUGAUAUUAAUGAUGAUGAUCUGGAUGGUGAUUAA